AUGUUAUUGUUAGCACUCAACGAUGACGUUCUCGCAGCGGUUUUGUCCUUCGCAGUUCCGGUCGAUGCGUUGCAAUUUGGGAAGACGUGUCGUCAUGCAUACACCAUUUCCAUACCUCAUUAUCUCUCCGAUGUGAGCAUCAAGAAACACGCACAGCUAUCUGGCUUCUGUGCUUUCAUGCUUGCCGAGCCGUACCGCCGUCCGGCGUGCGUACACGCAUUCCAUCUCGGGACCUUGCGUCCGCAAAGGUCGGACCUUCUCGCACUUUCCGAAGUCCUUCUUCAUGCGAAGUCACUCGAGUCCUUGAGGUUGGAUCAUCUAGAAGACCUUCUUUCAGAACCGUCGCUAGGAGACGCACUUGCCGCCCUAACAUGCCUCGAUAGUAUCUCCUUCUCCUUCUUAGGCAAAAGUUGUUCCGCAUUGUUGCCAAGGAUGGCUAGUCGCCCACGAAACAUCAAGCUGGAGCUUUUCGUGGACCUCAAUCUCCAAGGGUGCAUGCUCAGCAAUUUUGCUGAUUGCUUAGAGACCCUCCAAUUACGCCUGACGUUUGGUUUUCAAGACAGAUUGAGCGUCGACGUAAUCUGGUCGCGUGUGCGGACCUUGCACAUUCACGAUCCAGGGGAUGUCUUGCUAUCUCACCUUGCGCGUGCAUUCCCCAACGUUCGACACCUCAAGUUGCGGCUCUGUCCCGUGUGUCUAGAUUUGUCCCCGCAUUGGGCCUCCUUGGACGAAGUCGAUACAAGUGCACCUAUCGAGCUCUUCUCCCGUGUCCGCCGACUUACACUGGGCUACGAUGUUAUAAAGGCGCCCGAAGAGAGUAAUCGUGCCGCUUUGGUUAUGCUGCAGCAUGCGUCGCCAGUAGUGCUGACAUGCGAGGUGCUCCCGGAGACUGUUGAGCGUAUCCCGGAGGUCGCGCCUGACUUGAAGUAUCUGAUGAUUACUCUGAAAGAGGACCGCAGCGAGGUAGUCGAUCUCGCUGUUUCAUCUCAGUCGCUCAGGAUUUCACGCGCACUUGACGGACUUCCCCUUGUUGCACUUUCGUUUGGACUGCGCAGUCAUUCUCCACUAUGCGACAUUCGUCGCCUUCAAUAUGCUGCUCGGCAGACGGCAGCGGCGCUGCCGACGCUGCAGUACAUCGCUUUUGACACUCUAUUUGACCUAGGUUCACCUCGAUCCCGCUGCUGGUUCCGCGUAAUCUCGGGCGAUGAUGGCCUACCUCGGGUCGACUUGCUACCGCGAGUCGAAAUCGAUGUGGUCGAGCCGCAGUUACUCGCGCUGGACCGCGCAUGA